CCCGGGCCGUCCGAUCGCACUCGCUGCAUAUCAGAAGCUCCGCGCGGCGCGCUCCUCCUCGCUCCCGCUCCCCACUCCCGGGAUGUGUCUCCGCCGUACGACGGGCUAUGGCCACCACGACUUCCGGGUUCCGUCAUUUCGUUCUCCCGCCGCCGACCCGCGCCGCCAAACUGAGGCUCUUCUAUAAGCCAGGCAGCAGCCAACCUGCCAACACCUACUGACACUCACUCAUCUCCCAGAGAGAGAAAGAGAGCGAGAGAGAGCGAGCGCGAGAGAGCGAGCGCGAGUGAGAGCGAGCGAGCGAGAGAGAGAGGGAGAGACAAAAUACCUACCAGGAAAGGGGGGGAGGAAGUCCAGUUUUUGCAAACUAUUCAUUUUUUUUUCUUGAUUUCCCCCCCCUGCUUUCUUUGAACGAUACUUUAAAGAGAGAGGAUCAUAUUAUAGAUACCGCGGGGGCAAAGCUAAGGGGGGGAGGAAAAAUUCAAGAAGCAGAAACCCCUCGCGGAGUUUUACUGGAAGAAAAAAACGGGUCUGAAAGAUUCCUCCUCUUCAUCAUCAUCAACCAUCAUUCAUUCACUACCUUGACAUUCCGGGCUUUGAUUGACAGCUGGAGUGGCAAAAAGCCAUGAAACACGACAGUUCGGUUACAUGUGGGCUGCUGACGGGCCGCUCGUAACCUUCAGUUCGGGGGCUUGACAAUUUUUUUUUCUUCUUUUUCUUCUUUUUCUUUUCUUUUUUUUUUUUUCCAACUGAGGGGAAGAGAAGAGAAAGAGGGGGAAAGGAGGACCGAAGAGGAGGAGGAGGGGAGGGGGGGAGGAGGAGGAGGUGGAGGAGGAGGAGGAAGAUCAGGAGGAGGAGGAAGAAGAGGAAAAAAGAGAAAAAGAAGAAAUAUCACAGGAAAAAAAAAAACUCUUCGUUGUCUUGCCUGGGCUUUUUCCCCCCCCCCUAAAAAUAACAUAUUGGAAAACUGGGAGAAGUCUCCUUGGUUUGGAAAAAAAAAAAAAAAAGGAAUCUUCAGCCUAGAUCACUUUCUUAUCCGGACUGGGAUAUUAAAUAUACGACACAUCCAGGAGUUUAUUGGAGCGCAGACUGAUGGCGCAAAGGUACGAUGAGCUGCCCCAUUACGGCGGGAUGGACGGAGUAGGGGUGCCUGCUUCCAUGUACGGAGACCCUCACGCGCCGCGGCCGAUCCCACCGGUUCACCACCUGAACCACGGGCCGCCGCUCCACGCCACGCAGCACUACGGCGCGCACGCCCCGCACCCCAAUGUCAUGCCGGCCAGCAUGGGAUCCGCUGUCAACGACGCCUUGAAGCGGGACAAGGACGCGAUCUAUGGGCACCCGUUGUUUCCUCUGUUAGCUCUGGUCUUUGAGAAGUGCGAGCUGGCGACCUGCACUCCCCGGGAACCCGGAGUGGCCGGCGGAGACGUCUGUUCCUCCGACUCCUUCAACGAGGACAUCGCGGUCUUCGCCAAGCAGGUUCGCGCCGAAAAGCCACUUUUUUCCUCAAAUCCAGAGCUGGACAAUUUGAUGAUACAAGCAAUACAAGUACUAAGGUUUCAUCUUUUGGAGUUAGAAAAGGUCCACGAACUGUGUGAUAACUUCUGCCACCGGUACAUUAGCUGUUUGAAGGGGAAAAUGCCCAUAGACCUCGUCAUUGAUGAAAGAGAUGGCAGCUCCAAGUCAGAUCACGAAGAACUUUCAGGCUCCUCCACAAAUCUCGCUGACCAUAAUCCUGCAUCUUGGCGAGACCACGAUGAUGCAACUUCCACCCACUCAGCAGGCACCCCAGGGCCCUCCAGUGGGGGCCAUGCAUCCCAGAGUGGAGACAACAGCAGUGAACAAGGGGAUGGUUUAGACAACAGUGUAGCUUCACCUGGCACAGGUGACGAUGAUGAUCCAGACAAGGACAAAAAACGCCAGAAGAAAAGAGGCAUUUUCCCCAAAGUAGCAACAAAUAUCAUGAGAGCAUGGCUCUUCCAGCACCUCACACAUCCGUACCCUUCCGAAGAGCAGAAGAAACAGUUAGCUCAAGACACAGGACUUACAAUUCUCCAAGUAAACAACUGGUUUAUUAAUGCCAGAAGAAGAAUAGUACAGCCCAUGAUUGACCAGUCAAAUCGAGCAGGUUUUCUUCUUGAUCCUUCAGUGAGCCAAGGAGCAGCGUAUAGUCCAGAGGGUCAGCCCAUGGGGAGCUUUGUGUUGGAUGGUCAGCAACACAUGGGAAUCCGGCCUGCAGGUUUGCAGAGCAUGCCAGGGGAGUACGUUUCUCAGGGUGGUCCUAUGGGAAUGAGUAUGGGACAGCCAAGUUACACUCCUCCCCAGAUGACCCCACACCCUACUCAGUUAAGACAUGGACCCCCAAUGCAUUCAUAUUUGCCAAGCCAUCCCCACCACCCAGCCAUGAUGAUGCACGGAGGACCCCCUUCCCACCCUGGAAUGACUAUGUCAGCACAGAGUCCCACAAUGUUAAAUUCUGUAGAUCCCAAUGUUGGCGGACAGGUUAUGGACAUUCAUGCCCAAUAGUAUAAGGGAACUCAAGGGAAAAGGAAACACACGCAAAAACUAUUUUAAGACUUUCUGAACUUUGACCAGAUGUUGACACUCAAUAUGAAAUUCCAGACAGCUGUGAUUAUUUUUUACUUUUUGUCAUUUUUCAUCAAGCAACAGAGGACCAAUGAGACAAGAACACAAAUGUGAAAUCAUGGGCUCACUGAGACAAUUCUGUCCAUGUAAAGAUCCUCUGGAAAAAGACUCCGAGAGUUAUAACUACUGUAGUAUAAACAUAGGAACUAAGUUAAACUUGUACAUUUCUGUUGAUCACUCCGUUAUGUUGCCUCAAAUAGUUUUAGAAGAGAAAAAAAAAAUAUAUCCUUGUUUUCCACACUAUGUGUGUUGUUCCCAAAAGAAUGACUGUUUUGGUUCAUCAGUGAAUUCACUAUCCAGGAGAGACUGUGGUAUAUUUUAAACCUGUUGGGCCAAUGAAAAAAGAACCAUGCUGGAGACCAUGGUGAACGUCUGGCUGAACCUCAUCCCUCGGACUCCGGCUUCAAGAAUGUGUUUUCAUGCCCGGCCUUUGUUCCUCCAUAAAUGUGUCCUUUAGUUUCAAACAGAUCUUUAUAGUUUGUGCUUCAUAAGCCAAUUCUUAUUAUUAUUUUGGGGGACUCUUCUUCAAAGAGCUUGCCAGUGAAGAUUUAAAGACAGAGCAGGGGCUUCUUCCAGGAGUUCUAAGCCUUGGCUGUGGACAAAACAGUCUUAAGUUGGGCAGCUUUCCUCAACACACAAAAAAAGUUAUUAAUGGUCAUAGCACCACAACUAGGACUUUAUCCGAGACUCGAAGCUUGGAGGAUAAAAAGGAGCAAGAGAAUACUGUAACAAACUUCGUACAGAGUUCGGUCUAUUAAUUGUUUCAUGUUAGAUAUUCUAUGUGUUUACCUCAAUUGAAAAAAAAAAAAGAAUGUUUUUGCUAGUAUCAGAUCUGCUGUGGAAUUGGUAUUGUAUGUCCAUGAAUUCUUCUUUUCUCAGCACGUGUUCCUCACUAGAAGAAAAUGCUGUUACCUUUAAGCUUUGUCAAAUUUACAUUAAAAUACUUGUAUGAGGACUGUGACGUUAUGUUAAAAAAAAAAGAUGUUAAGUCACAAAAUGCGGUAAUAAAUAUUUCAUUUUUGAUUUUU